UCAGCCUCUUGGGUGACUGGCUGGAAGCUGGCCGUCCUGUGACCUUGGGGAUUGAUCAGGACAAGGCCCAGAGGGCCUAGGGCGCUAUUGCCCUUCCCCACCACAUCUUUUCCCUUAAUCGCUCCUCCCUCACCCCUUGUCGCCUCUACCCCGCCCCUACCGUCCUAAACUGCUCCUGCACCGGAACUGUUUGGCUUUUUCCUGUCCCAGCUGUGGGGCGGAGGUAGGGGGGUUACAGCCCUAGGCCUUUGGGGAGACAUGGAGCCCAGGAGGGCGGUGACUGGGGCAUACAGCUGGGAGCCUCGAGUGGCCGCGGGGUCCGGGACGUCUGCGGAGCUCGUGUACCACCUAGCGGGGGCCCUGGGCACUGAGCUGCAAGAGCUAGCCCGCCGUUUCGGGGCGGAGGCGGCGGCCGGGUUGGUGCCACUCGUGGUUCGGACCCUAGAGCUCCUGGAAAAGGCUGCGGUGGGCCCCGCCUCGGACUCGCUGCAGGUGUCGGCGCAGCAGGCCGAACUGGAGCUGCGGCGGCUGCGCGAGGAGAACGAGAACCUCCGCAGGGAGUUGCACGCUGGGCCACAGGAGGAGCGCGCACUGCUGCGGCAGCUCAAGGAGGUGACCGACCGACAGCGAGAUGAACUCCGAGCGCACAACCGGGACCUGCUGCAGCGAAGCCAAGAGACUGAGGCGUUGCAGGAGCAGCUGCAGCGCCUCCUGCUGGUGAAUGCAGAAUUGCGGCGCAAACUGGCUGCAGUGCAGACUCAGUUGUGUGCUGCGAAGGACCGCGAGAGGGAGCGUGAGCAGAUCCAAGAAGGUGCUCUCGACCCGACUGGAGAGCGAGCAGGAGGCCAAGGCGGGCCCCCCCGGUGCGAGCAGAGACAGGAGCCCAGACAGGCGGUAGUCGGCACAGCGGUCCCGGGGACCCCUGAGGACCCGCAGGUGGCCACGCUGCAGCCAGGGCGCCCUCUGGAGGCAGGGCAGUGCGGCUUCAGUUGGGAGGAGCUUGAGCAGAUCCUUCGGGAGCGGAAUGAGCUCAAAGCCAACGUGUUCCUGCUCAAGGAGGAGUUGGCCUACUUCCAGCGGGAGCUGCUCACAGACCACCGGGUCCCUGGGCUUUUGCUGGAAGCCAUGAAGCUGGCUGUAAGGAAGCAACGAAAAAAGAUAAAAGCCAAGAUGUUAGGGACGCCAGAGGAAGCAGAGAGCAGUGACGAUGAGGACGGCUCAUGGCUCCUGCUCUCCAGUGAUAAAGGAGACCACCCCCCAGCCCCUGAGUCCAGAAUACAGAGUUUCUUUGGCCCGUGGUAUCAGGGAGAAAAAGAGGCCCCCAAGGCUGAGACCAGCAGCGGCACUCCCAACAAGCUAGGGGGAAAAGAGGAGGCCUCCUUGCAACCUCACUUGGAUCCUGUGCGCAGCCCUACCACCCCCAACCCUAACUGUGCCUGCUCUGCUCCCAGUAAACAUCUUUGUCUGGGGGCCUUAGGUGCCCCAGAGGCUUGACUUUGAGGUCUGGGUGUGGGUGGAUAUGUGAUCUCAGAUGGGGACAGGCCUCCCUCCAUCACAGCUCUCUCCAAGACUCUUCUUAAUCUUGGCCUGUACCAGGGCGUGAUGGGGAGUGCAGCCUUCUUCCCCCUCCCUGUACCAGGCCUCUGGGGCCAGAUAUAAAAGUGUGUGCUCUCUGCUUGAUGCCUGUAGCUCAAGUAGCUAGGGUGUCUGCCACAUACAUUGGAGCUGGCGGGUUCGAAUCCAGCCCAGGCCUGCCAAACAACAAUGACAAC